CUGAAAUUCUUAGCAUGUUUGUUUGUUUGUUUGCUUGCUUCAAGAAGCAACAAAAAGCUGUUGGAUGACAUUUCUUUGCUGUCCUUUUUCAGUUUGGUGUUCAGUGAAAUAUUCCUUUCCAGUUUUUAUAAUCUUAAAUAUCUUAACAAAGAGGUCAAUAAUCCUUUUCUUUCUCUCUAAUGACAGAAAACACGAUUAGCUUUUGUGCUGGGCCUGGGACCAGAGGCUUUCUCGAAGAGCAUAUGUUUGGUUUCUUAGCGCAUGAUUGUUGACUGUUGUAACGUUAGGUUGGUUGGUGACUUUGGAUCCGCACUAUGUUUUCAGGAAUAUAACGUUUUCUAAUAUAACAAUUCGUUGGUACGAUACGAGUGUAAUGGUACGAUACGAGUGUAAUGUAUCAAGGAAUCUCAUAAUACACAAUACGUAUUGUUGAAUGUUGUGACCUACAAACAAUCCAUCAAAUUAUACAAGACUCGAGAUCAUACUUUUUUUUUGUAGAAAAACAGCCAGUAGAAGUAAUCGAGAUGCCCUCUGUUUAUGUUUUUGGCAAACCAACUAUCUCCACCACCAUCUGAACCUAUGGAGUUUGGAUUUUACGUAGAAAACUUUCGUGUCCAGAAUAAAUGUCUACGUGUCCUUGUUUGCGAAGUAGAAGCAGAAAGGUAUUAUAACUUUCAAGCACCUAAAGUUAUACUAGUUUACCAAUUAAGUCUCUAAACUUUAGGAUGUUAGCUGUGAAAUCCUUUGUACUGAAUUCUGGCCCAACGCAUUAUUGGGCCUAAAGAAGUGAUCUCUAGAGGCCCAAAAGGCAAAUACGGCUCCACGGCCGACCGUGAGAAGAAAUCAAAGGACAGGAACCCGAUCGAACUAACCAGAGAAAAGGAACGGGACGAAGAAGAAGGAGAAGAAGAAGAAGAAACAGGACGAAUACGAACGGAAGUCGGAAGAAAUCCGUACAGAGUAGCGCAGUAAGCAAUCGAAUAUGGCGGAAUCCGUCGACGUGAACGCGAAAUGGGACGCUUGUAUCGAUCUGACCGUUCGCCGCUUCGUUUACUCGUCCAUGGCUGGUGCCUUCGGCGGUCUCCUCUUUUUCAGUCAGUUUUCCUUCCUCUUCCCAUCUCUAAAGUUAUUUCCCCCCAUUUAUCCGUUUACCAAGUAGAUGUUUAAACGCCAAAUACAGUAAUCGUGUUUCAAUUAGCUUGGAAGGUCUGGCAAUGGUGGAACGGGUCGAAUAUUCUCGUAGUUGGUUGUAUUGGGAUUAGGUUUUCUUUUUUGGUCGUUGCUUGUGGGUUGUUUUGGGUGGUGAAGUUUCGUCUCUAUUUGUUGCUUGGUUAGACUUCAUUCGGUUUUGGGAAAUUUCCCAAUUCAUGAAGGAUUGGGUGAAUGUGGAAAGCCCCCAUUUUGAGAAUGGAUGAGUUAGAGAAUGUGAAGAUGUGGUUAUGCUGGUUGUAUAAGGCGUAAGAAGAUGCCACACAAACAAGAUUCCUUGGAGCUGUAUAUAUGUAGCCCGCAUGAGCUUGAUUUAUCCCUGUUGUUCUCGAUUGAAUGCCAAGAGCAUGUUCUAAUAGUGUGACUUGAUCAUGUGAUCGCCCGUUUCAAAAUAGGGACACCGGUGACUCGCUGGGCUGCUGUAGCGUUUGGUGCAGGAGUGGGCACUGGAGCCGCAUACACUGAGUGCUCUCGUAUUUUUGAAGGGUCUCCUGCAACAUCACCACCAGCUCAUAAAGUGGUGAGUGCUCCAGCAGCUCCCAAGGUGGACGUUCCUCCGACUCCAACUGCCCAGGUGAGAUGGAGUGAUUUUUCGUUUGUUAGAUAUGUUUUGACAUGAUGUCUGGCUACUCUUACACAUAUAUUCAGGAAGUUCAAUAGGAUUACCUGCUAGAUGAAACUGUAUCAGUUGCUUUCUCAUUCACUAGAAUUAAGUUGGCUACCAAAAACCGUUAUUUUGAUACACUUAUGUAGACCGAAAUCAGUUUUCUCAGUUAGUUCAUCCUCAGGGUAACUCAUAGUGCUUGAGUUAGUAGAGAAUAACAAAGAGGAAAACUGAUAAGUUCUCAGUACAUUCUCAGGGUAACUCAAAGUGCCUAAGUUCGUAGAGAAAAAGCAAAGAGGAACAACUGAAUCAUUGAACUUAUUAUUUAUGCAUGAUGAGGCAAAGCGUUGGGUCCUUAUGUGUAGCAAAAAGGAGUAUUGCCACAUCGAUAGUCUGGAAGAUUGUCCUGAUUCUGAUCCCUAGUCGUGGUAGGGACCUCAGACUAGAGGAUGUUACUGUUAGCUGGUUAUGUAUUCUUCUUUUUUGAGCUCUAUUAACCUAUAUCAUCCGGCUUUGUAGCUCAGAUAUCCUAUUAUAGGGUUGCAAUGGCGUGAAGAGCCUUUAUGAUUGAUAACAUACUGAUACAUAGCUGAUCAAGUUGACUUCUGCGCUGUUUUAUUGAGUUGUAGACUCUUUGAUCUACUUAGUGAUGCCCCUUAGUUAAGUUGGCCAAGUGGCAAAGGCAACAAAGAGCUGUUGCUGUUUAUUAAGAACAGUGUGAUGCCAAUAACCAACUAUGAAAGAUCCAGCAUUCUAUUAUACCGAGUUCUGAUAUUAUACUCAUAUACCUUUUUCCUGCUCUCCAUAGCUUUUUAGUUGUUACCUUAGAAGUUACCGUCUGUUGAAUAAGGUCUACUGCAACUUGCCUUGAUAAGAUAGUAUUAGGAAAGCCAAAGCGAGUUGGAAUUUCCAUAUCAAACUUACUCUCGUUGUAUCUUUGCUUUCUACCACUAAGCUCCCACCUAUUUAGAACAUGUGACUGCCGGAUGAUAGCCCUGGUAUUUCAUUAUCAACUGAAGCUGCUCACCCUGCCUUUUCUCUUCCUAUACACGGGUGCUUCGACUCAAAGUUUGUUCAGCUGAUGAAUCUAAUGUCGUUUUUGUCUCUGUUUUGUUGGACCUACUCUUUGCAGGAUCCACAGGACUGAAACCUUGACUGAGAGACAGAGAGAGACUUAUGGAUAUAAUACAAUGAUGAUGAUCAUCGGAAGACCCUGAUGUGGGAUUUUUUUUUUUUACUUUUGUGGAAAUUUUAAGGAUUAAGAACGUUGUUACUCCAGCUGCUUGUGCUGCUGCUCAGUACCAAAUGUUGCUCCGUUCCUCUUGGUUGAUCACUGUAACAAUUUAGGCUGACAUUUUUACUGCAGAGUUUUGUAAUUGGCCUUUGACAGUAAAGUCCUCUUUUUGUCCCGUGGAUUCGAUUCGGGCACCAUGGAAGUUCCAUUUCUUGCAUGGUUGAUAUCUAACAAUAUCUUUCUGCCAAUAAAAACAAUGGAUAGAUGAUUUUUGGAUAGUGGCUCGUUAGUCGUUGCGACGAGAUGGAGAUUGUGUUUCAGUUCCAUAGUUGAAAUCUGUGGCCCACUUCAGCAAAAUAUCUUCUCCUCCAAGAGGUCGGGAUAUUAUUGUUCUCCAAUAUCCUGAUUCCCCAUUGUCUUUUACUGCCUCCACUGCCUCCUUCAUAUCCUGAGCUUCAACGGACGCCUUUCCCCCUUCUAGGCGCGACCAACUAACUUUUGCCGCGCCGGGUAAUAUGGGUCCGGCGACCGCAUCUCCAUUUCCCCUCUCUGCCGCGGCAGCCACCUCCACCUCCGCCGGCGUCUGGUCUUGCCUGCACCACCGCUUCAAUGUCAGCCGAACAUUUCCUCCUCCCCUGCAUCUUUUUCCUAGCAAUUGCAAUCGGAAUUGGAAUUGUCCGAAAACCAUUACAAGGAGCCGAACGAGCAGAGCAGUUUCUCAGAAGGUAAUGGAAACAGGAGAUAACUUGAACGACGAGUCAUGCGAGCUUGUCAAUGGAGUCGAGAUCUCGAUAGGAGAAGGCGACGAUGAUACAAUCAAUGCUUAUCUCUGCACCGCUGUGAAGAACAACAAUGGCACUGGGAUACUUCUUCUCUCUGACAUAUUCGGCUUCGAAGAUUCUGCCACCAGGGAUUUCGCUUACCGCGUCGCCUGCAACGGCUACAACGUCUUGGUCCCUGACUUGUUCCGAGGAGACCCCUGGUCCAAAGACCGGCCAGCCCACGAACUCGAAUCGUGGCUAUCGACCCAUAACCCGACCCGAGUCCAAAACGACAUCGCCGCAUCAGCGAAAUGGAUGUCGGACGAGUUCCUCGCCGCCGGAAUCUCCAAGAAGCUGGGGCUGAUCGGGUUCUGCUACGGCGGAGGCAGAGUGAUCGACGUCCUGUCACGAAACCAGGACGAACUAUUCGGGAUCGGAGUAUCCUUCUACGGGACGAGAAUUGACACGAGCCUACUACCGAACGUGAGUGUUCCCGUUCUGUUUGUUGCAGGGGACAGUGACCCGCUCUGCAGCUUGAGCGUGGUGAAGGAGAUUGAAGGGAAGAUCGGGAGCGGGUCGUCGUCGUCGUCGUCGAGAGUUGUGGUGUUUGAAGGGAGAGGUCAUGGUUUUGUUCACCGGCCGGCGUCUGCCGACGAGGAUCGGGAUGCUGAAGUGGCAUUUGUGAUGCUCAGGAACUGGCUGAGUGAGGGGUUGCAGGUUGGUGAAAGUUAGAGAGAGAGGAAUGUUUUGGUGAAGUUGUACCGGAGAUUGAAUCGAUUGCAGAAUUUAACUAAAAACUUUGAUGUACAUACUACUAUUAUGUUUUGUCGAUGCAAGAAAGUAAAAAAUAGACAUAUGUACGUGAUUCACUAAGUGUAUUAGACUAGCUAAGUCGACGAAUAAGAAAAAUGAAUUUAACUAUAUUUGAGCAUAUACCGAUUAUAGAGAUGGAGGAGAAGGUUUCUAUAACAUCUUCUCCAGACAAGUUAAUCUAAUUUAACCUAAAAAAAAGUUAAAAAUCAGACCCAAAACACUAAAACAAACGUGCAUAAACCGCAUAAUGGAUAGAUAAUCUGUCUUCCAGUAACCCAUUCAAAACCCAAGAAUCCUUAGUGCCAAAUGGCGAUAUUCUUCUACAACCGAGCCAACUUUCUACUGCCAAAUGGGUGAUUGUUUCUUGGUGAAAUUUUCUUAAUUUUUUCUACCUUGGAAAGCUUUAACCUAUUUGACUUUCAUCCCUGUACACAAGCAUCAACUCCAUAUCCAUCCACACUCUUAUCCUUUCCCCACAGCACCCUAACUGGCCACCGGUUUGACUUUUGGGAGAUGGAUUCAUCAAUGUUUUUGGUUGUAACAUAAUUUUGUUCUGAAUUCCUAGGCAACACUCUCUGACCAGUGAAACCCGCCAAGACGCAAAAGGGAGGAUACAUAAAUGAGAGUGUCCAUUCAUUCAAUGACCCUUCUUUGACUCUGUGACCUGUGCUCUAUUUAUUUUCUCCAUGUUAAUUAAGGUACUGGUUUUAAUUAAUUAAACACACGCGCAAUUACGCAAACCCACUUUUGACCAAACCAGAUGGCUAAACUUGUCACAGAAUUGUACAUGAAUCCUCAUGAAAGUACAUAAAAACCAAUGACAUAUUGUGACAAAGUUAUAUAAUGGAACUCAUGAUAAGAUCCACUAAUCGUCAAUGAUAAUAACUCUAAUUAGGAUCAUUCGUGAUCAUCAGGGGCGGACCCAAGUGGUAGAGAGGUGUGUCAAGCGACACACCUCCGCACGAAUAUUUUGUGAGAGACCCAUAUUUUGUCUGUAUAAUUUUUUGGAAUUUAGGACUUUUGACACACCUUGAAUAAUUGUUAUCGACACACUUUUAAUACACUACGAUGAAAUUGGUGUCAUAAAGUUCCCAAAAUCCGUAAAUAUAUGUUAUUUAUUUUAAAUUUUAGUUAACUUAUGACAAAUUUGGGGUUCUUUUCAUUGCUUGAGUAUUUAGAUGCAAGGGUUUAUUGCUCUUAGGUCUUAGGCAUGGGUAAUCGUAUCUCUACCUGAAUAAGUUUCAUUUCUUCUUGAUCCUUGUAGGUUCCACAUAGUUGUCCACCUAGUGACAAAAAAUACUCUUUCAUCGGGAGUCUGGUUGCAUAUGGACUACUAUCUUAUAAAAAAAACUCCAAUGUUCCCUUUGCCUCUUUCGAUCCCACUUCUCGUUGUGUUACACAGUAAAAUAUAAUUAAAAUUUAUUUAUUAUUUUAUUUAAUUUUAUCGACUGACACACCUUUACGAGAAUGCUGGGUCCGCCACUGGUGAUCAUCACCUAUCCCAAUGUAACUGGACAAAAUAUAUCAUGAUCAUUAGAUCAUAACUUAUCUCAAUAACAUCAAUACAAUGUUUGAUUAAGU